CACAGAGAAGCUGUAUAAAAGGUAAUGUGUUGAUGCAGUGAUGGUAUGAGGUUAUUUGGAGAACUUUUACCAACCCAAAAACACAAGACUCUUCAGGGGAGACGCUGAUAUCGUUUAGACAAUGGCCGACUUUGACCUGGUUCUGAAAUGCUGGGGUGCAGUGGAGGCCGACUACAAAUCCCAUGGAGGAGAAGUUUUGACCCGGCUCUUUGAGGAGCACCCGGAGACUCUGAAGCUAUUCCCGAAGUUUGUUGGAAUCGCUCAGGGUGACAUGGCGGGGAACCCUGCCGUGGCGGCCCAUGGUGCGACUGUGCUGAAGAAACUGGGCGAUCUGCUGAAGGCCAAAGGGGAUCACGCUGGAAUCCUGAAACCGCUGGCCAACACCCACGCCAACAACCAUAAGAUACCCCUCAACAACUUCAAGCUGAUCUCUGAAAUCAUAGUUAAGUUGAUGGCCGAGAGAGAUGGGCUGGACGGGGCUGGUCAGGCCGCUCUGAGGAGAGUGUUCGCCGUCGUCAUCGGUGACAUCGACGGAUACUACAAAGAAAUCGGAUAUGCUGGUUAAAUGAGACCAAAGCAUGAUAAUCGCAAACCCAGUAGGGUGUAGUACGCACGUAAAUGGGCAGUUUUGUUAGCAAAAGAGCUUGUCAUGUUAUGCUGUCAAAAUAGACGUUACUGGGCUUAACAAAGCAAGCUAACAACAAUAGUAAUAAAUCCAUUGUUCACGCUGAAAAAUCUAAAACAAAAAUAUGACUAUUCAUGUUUGAUUUGAAUGUUUUAGGUUUUGAUCGAGUAGGGAAUGUCACAUGAUCUUGAUGAUGUCAGUGACUGUCUUUAAGGUGUGUUGGGGUCUCAGGAGGAGCGGCACACUACACCCAAUAUGCAGUACAUCUUCAAACUAAACUUGUUCAUUUGUUUCAAUUGAAGUAUCACUGUGAUUGAAAAGUGACUACAUUAAAAAGAAAAUGUUUGAAUCAAAGGAUGUUCUCUUGUUUUGACAUGCCAUAUCUCUGUCUGCUUCACAAUUAUGCAUAAGUUAUAAAAUCAGUAUGUUUUGUAAAUCAACACUUAUCAAUAAACUUUGCAGUUACCUGCUUGAAAAAGA